UUCUUAUCUCUUUCUAAUUUUCUUCGAAAUUCCCUCCAUCGUGCAAUAGUUUGCGUGCUUUCACUUCCCAGUAUAAGGAGCAUUUGAAAAUCAACAUUCGGGUAUCUCUUGGCACUGUAGUUUUAUUCUUGGGAAUUUAGGCUGGGCAAGUAGAAGAUUUCAACUCUCAUAUCAAUCCAUGGCGAAUAGAAUGGAGUUCAAUCAAGUAGUUAUGGCCUGGCCUUGAUUAUCUCGCUCGAUUCCUCUGCAUUGGCAUCACCCAAUGGUUCUGUCUCUCCUCGAUGUACUACCAGAAGAACUAUUUUGUUGCUUCUAUUGCUGAAGGCAAUGUUUGAUCAGUUAUACCUUUCGCCUUUACUCAUCUUCCUAUACCAGGCAUUGACCUUUAAUAGGUUUUCGGUUUCCGGCCAAGGUUAAUCGCUUUGCACAUGUAAGUCAUUCAUUUCUUCUCUAUGUCUCAUGGUUUUAUCUUUCUGAUUAAUAACAAAACGACUUUUAUUUCACGUUGUCUCAUGAGCACAACAUGCAGAAUAUCUAUUUCUUUUGAUCUUAUUGCCUGAUACGACGUUUAAAGCUCGGGGGAUCUCCUGCGUCAUUUCUCCUCUUUCUGUUAUUAGGUUUCAACUUCAAUGAGUUUCUAUCUUCAUAUAAGGUUCAUCGACUUGAACUGGUAGGCUAUUAUUUCCUUCCCGAUUUAUCUAAGUUGGUUGUUUAUGAAUGAUUUUUAUAAAAUAUAGAAAAUGAAUUUGAACGAUGGUUUGGGUACUAUAUUUGUUUGUAAGCAAAAGAGAUGUUUGUGUAGAACAUGGCAGUUGUACUUUCCUAGAGCCCUGUCUACUUUUUUGUUGUUUGUUUCUGAUACUUUAUUUUUGUUCUUUGCUUAGCUAUUGAAAUAAUAAAAUAAGAUCAAAAUUAAGAAAAAAGGUUUCUUUUCAAUUACAAUAUUUUCACUCAUAUUUGAUUUUGUGAUAACUAAUGUUCUCCGCAACCAUAAUUUUCCUCAUUAAUUUUUAUUCUUAUGGUCCAACUCACUAAUCAAAUUUUGAUAUUGUUUUAGAAUUAGUUAGAAAUUGAGCUUUCGUGCAACAUUCUAGGAGUUUGGGGUGUUGAACUUGGAGUAGAAGAGUUAGGAUUGAGUUUGAGAAUGAGAGUGGUGGGGGGAAGAAAAAUUCAACUGUAGCAAGUUAAGGCAGAGAAGAGGGAGUUACUGAGGGUCGUGAUCGAAUUGAGGAGGGUGUUGAAAGACGCGGAAGCAAAACUGGAGCAGUUGAAGAGAGAGAAGUGAGAGAUGAUGAGGAUAUUAAUGAAAAUGGAGAGGAUAUUGAAGGACAUGGAAGUGUGCUGAAGCAGGUGAAGGCAUGCAAGGGGGGAGAUGAGCAUAUUUAUGGAAUUGGAGAUGAGUUUUGGUUUUAGCAAACUUAUUAGAACUGCCCCUGAGGAAGAUGAGUUGGCAAAACACAGGAAGGGGAUUGAGGAGUUGAAGAGCGAGUUGACAAGAACCCCAAUUGGAAGAGAAAUUGAGGGCCGCAGAGAGAAGGUCCAUCAAAGUAGCAGAAAUGGAGUUGCAGAAGGAGGAUUAGAAAGUGAAUGUUUGGUUGAAACAUAUGCUUCUUGAGAUUGAAGAUAGAGUAGAUAAAAAUUUGGUCUUUCAAUGGAGAGUGGUGGCUAUUGGAUCAUUAGGUUUAUGGUUUUUGCAACUACCACAACCUAUUUCUAUCUUAAAACGAGUAAUUAUUGAUUGAUUUAAUGAAGUAGGUCGAUUCUUUAUUCAGCCUGCUAGAACUGAUAGAUAAGGACUAUCUAAUUUUGCGUUAUAUUACUUUGAUCGAGUCUAUUAGUAUAUUGGAGGUAAUCCAAUUUUGUCGUUUGCUCUCAAGUUUUGAUGGUCCUCUCUUAGCUGAGUUGUUAGUAUAUAGUUGACUCGAACCUACAACCCUCCAUUUCUUUUUUAUUAGUGGCAUAUUGCCCCCAAGAUGAGAGCAUUGAACCAUUUACGUAGGAUUGUGAGGUUUUGGAUUCAGUUUCAAACUAUCUAUGGGUUGUGUGGGAAUUCCAGUGAGCUUUUAUACUCUAUCUUUCUUAACAAUCAACUAACUAAUAACAUAUUAACUGGGCUUAAUUAUCAUUAUGAAAAUGAGAUGUUUUAUACAUUUUUAUAUUUUAUUUUCUCAAAUGAUGAUGAUAUUUCUCUGAAUGUUCGACCUAUAUAUUCUUUCUUUAUGGUUCAUCUCAAUUGAAAGAUUGUCAAUAAAAUUAAACGGGUUGAUAGACUUUAACGUAACAUAAAAAGUAUAAAAAAAUCAAAUAUAAACAUUCCGGCCAACGGGCCGGGUUAUAAGCUAGUUUUCAAAACGAUAAUCCGUUUGUUCCUUCAUAAUUAAAUCGAUACGGUUCACAUUCCCAAAUAGCCUACGAUUAGUCGUCUGUAUGCAUGGCAGUCCCAUAAACGAAAACAGAAAAGACAGCCAACAAUGAAACGAACCUUAAACUCCUCUUUGUUUCCCCCUCCCAAAUGAAUCGCCAUUGAACCCUUUUUAUGAUUCAAUCCCACUACGUUUACUAUUCUUGGCAUUUCUUUGUCCAAUCUUCCCUUCCUCCCUCCCUCCCUUGUUCCUGGAUUUCUCCCCCCAACACCAUCGUACGAACACACCCAAAGGGGGGAAGAAAAACCACCCAAAACCCAGAAAAAUUAAAGAAAAUAGCACACACAAAAAAAAAGAUCUUCAUCCUCGAAACAAACCAUAAAAAAACCCCAAAAAUAAAAAAAUCUUCAACCUUCGAAAUAACUUCAAAUAAAGGUGUUUUGAUCAUUAUCAUCAUCCUCAGGCCUGUUCCUCCCCACAAAAUAGCCCCAUCGUCGUCCGGCCAAUGGGCGCGCACGUAGCCGGGCAUGCGCGCGCGAUCAAAACGACGGCGUUAUUAUUCCUCUUAUCUUUAGCGACGACAUUUCUAGCGACGGCAGCCUCCCUGCAGUCCGACGCCCUCCUCAAAUUCAAAGCCGGCCUAGGCGACAACGACGCCCUCGGCACGUGGGACCCGGCCGUGGACCCAUGCAACAACGACCGGUCCAACUGGGCCGGCGUCCUCUGCUCGGCCGGCGCCGUAUGGGGCCUACAACUCGAGCACAUGCAGCUCUCCGGCGUCGUCGACGUCGACGCCCUGGCGGCCAUCAACAACAUCCGGACGCUCAGCCUGAUGGACAACCGUCUCGACGGCCCGCUCCCCGAGGUGAAAAAGCUCGGCAAGCUCAAGACGCUGUUCCUGUCGAACAACUAUUUCUCCGGCGAGAUCCCGGCGGGGGCGUUCGACGGGAUGGGGUCGCUGAAGACGUUGCACCUGGCGAACAAUGACUUUACCGGGAGGAUACCGGCGUCGAUCGCGGUGCUGCCGAAGCUGACGAUGGUGAGGCUUGACGGGAAUCAGUUUGAGGGGAGGAUUCCGGAUUUCCAGCAGAAGUUUCUGCGGGCGGUGAAUGUGGCGAAUAAUGAGCUGGAAGGUCCAAUUCCUAAGAGUCUUAGCCACAUGAACCCUAACUCCUUCUCAGGCAACAAAGGUCUGUGCGGGGCCCCACUCCAGCCAUGCGCCGCCCCACCGCCGUCCCUCCCACCGCCGCCGCCGCCCUUCUCCUUCCUCCCCGCCGCCGAGGCCAAGCUCACAAACCUAACCCUCGAGAUCAUCAUCGGCCUCCUCAUCCUCGUCAUCAUCCUCAUCGCCACCAUCCUCUGCCUCAUCCUCCUCCACCACCGCCGCCGCCGCAACUCCGACAACCCACUCACCCGAAACCCCUCCUCCGUCACCGCCACCAAAGUCACCCUCACAACCCCGCCGGCCGUCAGGUUCGUCCAGCGGGAGGCCUCCCACCUCAGCACUGCCUCCGCCAAGAGGGCGGAGCAGCAGGCGAACAAUAACAGCAACCGGCUGCUGUUCCUCCGGGAUGACGUGGAGAGGUUCGAUUUGCAGGACUUGUUGCGGGCGUCGGCGGAGGUGCUGGGGAGCGGGACGUUCGGGGCGUCGUACAAGGCCGGAGUGGUCGGGCAGGCGAUGGUGGUGAAGAGGUACCGGCACAUGAACAACGUUGGUCGGGAGGAGUUUCAUGAGCAUAUGAGGAGGGUUGGGAGGUUGAAGCAUCCCAAUUUGUUGCCCGUCGAGGCUUAUUAUUAUAGGAAGGAGGAGAAGCUUUUGGUGUCCAAGUUUGUGGAGCAUGGGAGCUUGGCUAGCCACCUUCAUGGAAAACACUCGUCGGGGCAAGGCCUGGACUGGGCGACGCGAGUCAAAAUCAUCCGAGGAAUCGCAAAAGGGUUAGCCUACCUCUACGAAGAGCUCCCUCUCACCCUGCCGCACGGCCACCUGAAAUCCUCCAACGUCCUCCUCUCCGACGCCUUCGAGCCCAUGCUGACCGACUACGCCCUCCGCCCCGUGGUCAACGCCGACCACGCCCACAAGCUCAUGAUCGCCUACAAGUCCCCGGAGUACGCGCAGCACGGCAAGACGUCGAACAAGACCGACGUGUGGAGCCUGGGGAUCGUGGUGCUGGAGAUCCUGACGGGGAAGUUCCCCGAGAACUACCUGACUCAGGGCUACGACGGCAAGGCCGACCUCGGGACGUGGGUGAACGACAUGGUGAAGGAGAAGAAGAUGGGGGAGGUUUUCGACAGGGACAUGGCCGGGACGAACAAGGACAGCAAGAGCCAGAUGAUCCACCUCCUGCAGCUGGCGUUGAGCUGCUGCGAGGAGGAUUUGGAGAGGCGGGUUGAUGUCAAGGAGGCGGUUGAGAGGAUUGAGCAGUAUGUAGAUACUGGUGUCUAGAAAUCGAGAGAGAGAAUUGUAUUGUUGGGGGCUUAUUGAUGUUACUAUCCUUGUUGAAAAAUAUGGGCAAUGUUGGUGAAGAAGAGUAAUUAAUGAAGGCAAUCAUGCAUGUUAAUGGCUUGAGGGAUAAGAAGAUGUGUUUUUAAUUAUAGCGAAAUGGGGUCAAAGGGAACAAGAAGAUGGUGGGGUGGGGGGGAUUUAGUCAAUAGAAAAUCUGGAACUUU